CAGAACGUAGGAAAAAGAGAGACAGUGUAUCCAAUAGCGGGGGAAAGCAAAAAUUCGAAAAAAACAGACAGAAAAACGUUCGACAACCGACAGAACGUUGCUCCGAUCACCAUCAACGACGAAAAUGGACGAAACCAUAUCCCGCAUAGUGACAGAACUCGAAGACCUCCGCGAAAACCACCACCCACAAAACCCACAACCACUCUCCCAACAAUCGCUCUCAGAUCUUCAAACCCUCCUCAAAACCUCACAACCCUUAAACCCUCUCUACGACGCCGUUUCACCUUCAAAUCUCAUCCCACCAAUCGCCACCGCAAUGGACUCAUCGCCAACUUCUCACUCUCUCCUCGCUUCUCACGUCUUCCUCUCCUUCCUCCUCUCUCCAAACGCUCCCGUUUUCACUCUCUUCACUCCUCUAUCCUUCCUCUCAUUUCUCCGUUCCAUUCGCCGUUCAUUCAAAAAUAAUAACCCUAACAAUAACCCUAACCACAUUCGUAAACGAAAACGCAAAAAAAAUCAACAAAACGACGACGCUGAACCUAAUUCCCCAAAUUCUUCACAAAAAUUUGAUGUUAGGGUUUUGCUUCAACUUUUCGAGAAGCUUGUUAACGUUAUGUCAUUAAUUCACCUCGAUCGUUUCCCCGAAUCUCUCAAAUCGUUAAUUCAAACCGUUUCCGAGAUUCCGUUAACAGCUAUUGAAUCAUGUGGAAACGAGAUUCAGUAUAGGAAUUUGGUUACUCUAUGCUCGAGGGUUUUGAAAGAGGUUUUGAAACCGGAGCACGGCGAACCUUCGGAAACGGCUGCGGAGGUUUUGAAGUCACUGUCUCCGCUUGUUUUCAUGCCGAAAUCGCAGGCGAGGAGUUUUGCUGUUGGUUUUGUGAUUGGUCUUGGUAGGGAUUGUGAUGGUGUGAAGAAAGCUUUGGUUAAUUUUCCGAGGUAUUUGGCGAAUAAGGCGCCAGAUAAAGCUGAGCCUAGAGCUUUGGCUGUUGAUUUUAUAAUGGAGGUUGUUAGGGUUAUGGAAUUGGUGGAUCAAAUUGGGUUUGUUAAGUAUGUUGUGAAGAUGAGUCAAGGGAAAACUAAUCUUAGGCUUUUGGCGGUUGAUCUUAUUUUGAAUUUGGUGACGACAUUGAAGGACCCAUUAGUUUUGAAUGUCAAUUCGAUGGAGGAGGAAGAAGAAGGGAGUGAGGUUUGGGGAAUGUGGUGUUUGGAGGCGUUGGUGAAGCGUUGUUCGGAUGUUAGUGCCACGAUUCGAGCGCGGGCUUUGUCGAAUUUGGCGCAGGUUGUUGGGUUUUUGUCAGGUAGUGAUAAGGCUAGUGUGGUUUUGAAAGAGUUUAUGGGUUUUGGUGAUGGGAAUGGGAAUGUUGGGGCUGUGAGAGGAAAUGGAAUCAAUGAGAUGUUGAGACGAAGGUGUGUGGAUGAGAAGGCGGUUGUGAGAAAAGCUGCUCUUCUCCUUGUUACUAAUUUGACUGCUUUACUUGGUGGUGCUAUUGAUGAAGUGGUGCUCAAGACAAUGGGGAUGGCUUGUUCGGAUUCGCUUGUUAGCAUACGGAAAGCCGCUGUUGCAGCUCUUUCUGAGGCUUUCAGAACAUUCUCAUCUGAAACGGUAAUAACUGAGUGGCUACAUUCAGUUCCUCGCCAAAUAGCUGAUAACGAAUCCAGCAUCCAAGAAGAAUGUGAGAAUGUGUUUCAAGAACUUGUUUUGGACCGAAUAUCUAGAGCUGCAGCUGCUACCUCUUCAUAUAGUGAAUCUACAUCUAGUGGAAAAAAGAAACAAAAAUGUUUGGAGAAAGAGAUGGAGAUGCCUUUCCCCCAAGGAAUUAUGUAUCUCCUGAGAGAGAUUUGCAAUGGGGAGGUGAGUCCUUGGGUGAAAAAAAUUUGCACAAACCUAGGCAAAAAGAAACGGUUGAAUCACAAAAUUGUUGCUGCACUUCAAAAUAUAAUCAAGGCGUCUGAGUCUGUCUGGUUGAACCAUAGCAAGCCAAUAGAAAAGUGGACUGCCCCACCAGGUGCUUGGUUUCUUUUAUCAGAGGUGUCAGUAUUCCUUCCCAAAGCGGUGGACUGGGAUUUUCUUCAUCAUCAUUGGCAGCUUCUUGACAAACAUAAAGUGAAAGGUGAGUUUAGAAGUCCAAUUGUACAAAGAAAUGCUUUUGAAGACGAAGAAAGCAUUGAAUACAAUAAUGUAGCCUGGGCUAGUGACCGAGUUUUUCUCUUGCAAACUAUCUCUAAUGUUUCUGUGGAGCUGCCACCUGAACCUGCUGCUGAUUUGGCUCAUAACUUACUCAAACGAGUUGAAAAAUUCAACAUGCAUUCAACAGAGGUUGAUGCUCAUGUAAAAGCACUUAAAACAUUGUGCAAGCGAAAAGCUUCAAAUGAGACGGAGGCAGAAGCAUUAGUCUUGAAAUGGGUACACCAAGUUCUGUCCAAAGCUUCUGAAAUAAUAGAAACUUUUAUUUCAGAUAACUCAGAGCAAAAUCCAGAAACUGACUUCUUCACUCCACCUAGAAGUGGGACUAGUAAAAGUAGGAAAUCAGUUAAAAAGCGCAAGUCAUUGUCAAAAGCAAUUACAGCAGUUUAUACAAUUGGGUCUUUAGUUAUUGUCUGCUCAUCUGCUGAUAUGAGUGCGGUAGUUCCAUUAUUGCACACUAUCGUCACCUCUGGGAAUUCUGGCCCGAAAUUAAAUAAACUACCCGGAGCUGCAACCUCUCUACAACAAGAAGCUCCUUCUUUUUAUAUUCAUGGGUGGUUGGCCAUGGGCAAACUUUGCCUUGCUGAUGGGAAGCUCGCAAAGAACUAUAUUCCUCUAUUUGUACAGGAGCUUGAAAAGACAGAAUAUGCAGCUCUUCGAAAUAAUAUUGUGGUCAUGAUGGCAGACUUUUGUGUUCGGUACACUGCUCUUAUUGAUGGUUACAUAACCAAGAUCACAAGGUGUCUCUUAGAUCCCUGUGAACUUGUGAGAAGGCAAACAUUCAUAUUGCUAUCAAGACUGUUGCAGAGGGACUAUGUGAAGUGGAGAGGUGUGCUAUUUCUUCGUUUCCUUCUGUCACUUGUUGAUGAAUCAGAAAAGAUUAGGCAGUUAGCAGAUUUUCUCUUUGGAAACAUUUUGAAAGUCAAGGCUCCUCUUCUAGCAUAUAACAGUUUUGUUGAGGCUGUUUAUGUUUUGAAUGACUGCCAUGCUCAUAAUGGACACCGUGAGUCCCAAGAAUCACGAACAGAAAGCCAACUUUUUUCCAUCAGGGGUUCUGAUGAAAAAUCAAGGUCUAGAAGAAUGCACAUUUAUGUUUCUCUACUAAAGCAAAUGGCUCCUGAGCAUCUUCUAGCAACCUUUGCCAAAUUAUGUGCAGAAAUUCUAGCUGCAGCUUCUGAUGGUAUGCUCAAUUUAGAAGAUGCAACUGGACAGUCCGUUCUACAGGAUGCUUUUCAAAUUCUUGGCUGUAAAGAGAUACGCAUUCAAUCUACUCGUGUAUCAUCUGAAUCGGCAGAUUUAGAAGAAGAAGGGGGAGAUGGAUCUGCAGCUAGAGGAAAGGCUAUAACUCAGGCAGUCAAGAAAGGCCUUAUUCAAAACACUAUACCCAUUUUCAUAGAGUUGAAACGUCUUUUAGAAACCAAGAACAGUCCUCUCAUAGGCUCUCUCAUGGAAUGCCUCCGGGUCCUUCUCAAGGACUACAAGAAUGAAAUUGAUGACAUAUUGGUUGCUGAUAAACAGCUGCAGAAAGAGCUUAUCUAUGACAUGCAGAAAUAUGAAGCGGCAAAAGCUAAAGCAACAGUUGCCGAGGCUGUAGCCUCCAUGCCAAAAUCAGGUGCAAAUCAAUCACCUGAUGUUUCUACGAAUUCGGCUAAGGAACAAGGACAAACACAUGGACAAAAUGAGGAUAGCGACAAAUUUCCAAGUGGUUCAAAAAUUGCUUCAGCAAUGGCAGAUGCUGCAGCUGCAGCAAAGGCUCGUUCUGUGCUCAGGGAUAUUAACACGGGGGCAGCAACACCACCGCUUAGUUCUUUGAAAGUUCCGAAAGUCAAGUCUGUUACUGGUGGAUGCAUAUCUAAAGUUGAUAAGCGCUUGGAUGUCUUAAAAUCUUUGCGGAAAAAACAUUCUUUCGAUUCUGAUGAAGAAAAUUAAAAUUUAUUUGAAUUCUCGUUUUUCCUUCUUCUAUGUGCCUAUGGAGCCCAAAAGACAGGUAUUUUCAGACUAGUAUAGGGGCUCAUUCGUUUUCUCAUUGUUCAUUGACGCUGAUGUAAAUAUGUAGCAACAUCACCAGAACUUAUUUUGAUGUAAAUAUGUUAGCAACAUCACGAUAACUAAUUUUCGUAAAAGACUA